AUGAGGAAAAAAGAGAAAAUCAAGAGAAGAAGGAAGAGAAUUUUCGAGCGAAAAUUCUUACCGUUAAUUAAGGAACGAGAAGAAAAGGAUGGGCAGAGGAAAGAACCAAAUUCGAAUACUUUGAAUCACUGUCAAUCGGUGAUUGAAAUUUUAGAAAAUCCAUUUCCAUCAAAGGAAACCGAAAAAGAGCAUGAUUUGGAAACUAUAAUGGAGGAUGUGGAGCCGAAAAAUCAGCGAAAAAUGAGCAAUGAGGAAGAUAGGGAAGUGGAGAAGAUCAUGGAAGAAAUGAGCCUGAUGGAAUCCGAUGAAUCCGAUGAAAAACUAUACAAUUCGUCCAGUGAUAACCUAACCUAUGAUAACCUUCUUUUUUCCUAUUAA